AUGGGUUGUUGUAUUAGCUUUGGAAAAGAUGCUAAAAGUCGUUCUAAGGAAAUUGAUAAUCAAUUAAAAAAUGAUGCACAAAAACGUGCUAAAGAAGUUAAAUUAUUAUUGUUAGGAGCUGGUGAAUCUGGUAAAUCAACAUUUUUUAAACAAAUGAAAAUAAUUCAUGAUUCUGGAUAUAAUGAAGAAGAACGUAAAGCUUAUAUAACUGUUAUUUUUUCAAAUACUGUACAAUCAUUAGCAGCUAUCAUUAAAGCUAUGGGAGUUUUAGGAAUAUCAUUUUCAAAUAAAACAAAUAUUUUAACAGGAAAGUUAUUUUUACGUAUGUUAGAUAAGAAUACUUCAAAAAUGUUUAAUGAUGAAUUAGUUGAAGCAAUGGAAAAGUUAUGGACAGAUGUUGGUGUACAAGAAUGUUAUUCAAGAUCAACAGAAUAUCAACUAAAUGAUUCAGCAGCAUAUUAUUUAAAUAGUUUAGAUAGAAUUUCUGCAACCGGUUAUAUACCAUCUAUUGAUGAUAUUCUUCGUACAAGAGUUAAGACUACUGGAAUUGUUGAAACAUCUUUUGAUUAUAAAAAUUUUCAUUUUCAAAUGAUUGAUGUUGGUGGACAAAGAUCUGAACGUAAAAAAUGGAUACAUUGUUUUGAAAAUGUUACAGCUAUCAUAUUUUUUGUUGCUUUAUCUGAAUAUGACAUGGUUUUAGCUGAGGAAGAUUCUAAUCGUAUGACUGAGUCAAUGCGUCUAUUUGAUAGUAUUUCAAAUAAUAGAUGGUUUCAAGAUACAUCUAUUAUCUUAUUUCUUAAUAAGAAAGAUUUAUUUGAAGAAAAAAUUAAACGUUCACCUUUAACUAAAUGUUUUCCAGAAUACAAAGGUUCAAAUAGUUAUGAAGAAGCUGCUGCAUAUAUACAACUUCAAUUUGAAAAUAUUACUAAGCGUAAAGACAGUCACAAAGAAACCUAUACACAUUUUACAUGUGCUACUGACACAAAUAAUGUUCGUUUUGUUUUUGAUGCCGUAACUGAUAUUAUCAUGAAUGAUAAUUUACGUCAAUGUGGUUUAUGUUAG